UCUAAACAGCGCGCCAGCUCGCGCCUUCCAUUUUCCAAAUUUCAAAAAUUUUCUAUUUGUUUUAAAGUGCCCCUUUUAACCAUCAAACACGUUGCGUCCAAGUGCCGGUGUGAACGUCGUAGAACGAUUGGCGUGUGAUUUGGUUUUCGAGUUCAAAGGUCCAGAAGACAAGAUGACUCUAGAACAGCCAGCUGGUGAGAUGUGGCAGAAGAUCCGCGAGGAGCUCAAUGAGAACCAGGCCACCAAGGAUCAAGACCUCGCCCAUAUCAAGGAGUGGCUGAAGCAGGAACCUCAUUUACCUGAUGAAUUUGAUGACCAGCGCAUCAUGACCUUCCUCCGUGGUUGCAAGUUCUCCUUAGAGAAGACCAAGCGUAAGCUGGACAUGUACUUCACCAUGCGUACUGCUGUACCGGAAUUCUUCAACGACCGUGACGUCACCCGUCCUGAACUCCAGGAGAUCUUGAAGAUUGUUCAAUUCCCUCCUCUGCCUGGUCUCACUCCUGAAGGACGUCGUGUCACUAUCAUGAGAGGUCUCGAGAAAGACGUCCAGACUCCUAAUGUAGCUGACGCUUUCAAGCUAGCAUUUAUGCUCGGAGAUGUUAGGCUGGCUGAAGAAAAGGAAGGCGUUGCAGGAGACGUUUACAUCUUGGACGCCUCUGUGGCUACCCCUACUCACUUCUCUAAGUUCACACCUACUUUAGUGAAGAAGUUCUUAGUUUGUGUACAGGAAGCGUACCCAGUUAAACUGAAAGAAGUGCACAUCAUCAACAUCUCACCUCUAGUAGAAAAGAUCGUCAACUUCGUCAAACCCUUUCUUAAGGACAAGAUCAAGGAAAGGAUCUUCCUUCAUUCUGACGUCAAUGACUUGUACAAGUAUGUGCCCAAAGAGAUGCUCCCGACCGAGUAUGGCGGUACCGCAGCCUCCAUGAAUGAUCUCCAUAUGGCCUGGGUAAAGAAACUGGAAGAAUACAAGGACUGGUUUACAGCACAGGAGAAUAUCAAGGCGGAUGAGAGUCUCAGACCCGGCAAGCCUACCAAUUACGAUGAACUGUUUGGUAUUGAUGGAUCUUUCCGUCAACUGGUCAUUGAUUAGAUCUUUUUCUAGGUUAAUCACUUCUAGGUUAAGCAACUUGAGCGUUAUUACAUCUUUAAAAGUUUAUAUACAAUUUGUAAACUAACAAUAAUUGCAGAGGAAUCACGAAGAACAUUGGUAGAAUCUAUAUUUGAUUUUGUACACGUACAUUUAUUUAUAAGUAAAAUAAUCGGAAAAAAUUAUUUCUGGCAGUUCAAUAUUAGACACUAACAAGUGUCUAUGUCAAGUCUUUAAUUGUUAUCGUAGUGACAAAUCAGACAUUACCCAAGUUGCUUAAAGAAGAAUAAUUAGUUAUAAGUGCUACC